GGGCAGUCCUACCAGGUUGUCAAUGCAUUUGUUCUGGGUUCUUUCGUCUCUUUCCCUUGCAUCUCGGUCGUUCGGUUCUCGGGACGGGCUUCUCUCUCCGUCUUCUGGUCGUGGUGUGGUCGUGUCCGGGCUCUCGUGAACGAACGCCUAGAGUUCUACUACUGGUUGGUGACUGACCGACGUGCACCACCUUACCCAGAUACCUGCAGACGGAACACGCCUGUUGCAAAGUUGGACAAGUCGGAUUCGUGCUCCUGUGGACCUGCGUCGAAUCGAUCGAUCGCUCGUGGAUGGUUACGCCUCACCCGUCGCCGCAUCGUGGGUUGCUCGCCGCUCUCUCUCCCCCCCCCCAAAGCACCGGUGCCGCUGCUGUAGCUUCCAAACAUCCUCGAGGAAUCUUUUUGAUUUUAUUUCAUUCUAUUUCUUAAAAAGCUCCGAUCCAGAUGUUUCCGGGCAGUUCUUUCAGCCAGCGGCAACCGGCGCCCCCCUCGGUGCACAAUCACAACAGCUCCAACUCCACCAUCGCCUCGAGCGAUAUCGCUCGGUCGAGAAACAAUUCCGAUGCUAUGGAUAUCUACGCCAUUACCGACCGGGAUCCCGCUGAGAGGAGUUGGAUCAAAAAUGGAUCGCCCGUGGUCGGGGCACCGCAAAACCAGGAGAAGCAAUCCGAACAAGAGUACAUGGAAAACGGCCGGCUAUAUCACGGUUUCCGCCGCGGCAUCUACCCGCUACCGUGCGACGAGCAGGAACAGGAUCGUCUCGACAUCUUCCAUAAGCUCUUCACCGUCGCCCGCGUCUCGGACGGCCUGAUCUACGCGCCGCAUCCGAGCAACGGGCGUGUGCUCGAUCUAGGCUGCGGCACCGGUAUCUGGGCGAUCGACGUUGCCAAUAAGUACCCGGAGGCUUUCGUCGUUGGUGUCGACCUGGCCCCGAUCCAGCCGCCGAAUCACCCCAAGAAUUGCGACUUCUACGCCCCCUUUGAUUUCGAGAGUCCCUGGGCCAUGGGCGAGGAAUCGUGGGAUCUCAUUCACAUGCAGAUGGGCUCCGGGAGUGUUGCGAGCUGGCCCAACCUGUACCGCCGUAUCUUCGCCCACCUGCGGCCGGGCGCCUGGUUCGAACAGGUCGAGAUCGAUUUCGAGCCCCGCUGUGAUGACCGCUCGCUUGACGGGCUAGCCCUCCGUCAAUGGUAUCAGUGUCUGAAGCAGGCCACCGAGGAGACCAUGAGGCCCAUGUCGCACAGCUCCCGCGAGACUCUGCGCCAUCUCGAGGAGGCCGGCUUCACUGAGAUCGACCACCAGAUGGUCGGACUGCCCCUAAACCCCUGGCACCAGGACGAGCAUGAGCGCAAGGUUGCCCGAUGGUAUAACCUGGCAAUCUCCGAGAGUAUCGAGACUCUGAGUCUGGCCCCCUUCAGCCGUGUGUUCGGCUGGCCCAUCGACAAGAUCCAGCGCAUCGCUGCCGACGUCAAGUCGGAGGCUUUCAAUAAGCACGUCCACGCCUACAAUAUCUUACACAUCUACCAAGCACGGAAACCAAUGCCAAAGUGAAUCCACACACAGACACACACACACACACACACACACACACACACACACACACACACAUAUACAUAUACCCCAGCGGAGAAUCAUGAAUAUGGACACCUGCAAGGCAAAACACCCGCGAAUGAAGUUGAAGCAGACCCCAUCCCUUCGACUC